GGGUUUACGUUGCGUUCCGUUAAGGUCAAAGAGAUUUUAAAACAAAACCCUCCGUGUCUGAAGAUCACGAUACGAGUUCACCGCCGGAAACAACAAGAGGCGCGAGUCGAUCAAGGUCAAUUUUUUAUAUUUCUUCCCCGAUCUUUUACAGAUCAUGGAUUUGGAAAAACUACUUUCUGAAUCACAAAAGCUUGCCCAAGAAGAAUGUCAUUCAGAAGUCAGUCCUCUGCAUCUUGCGGCCACUUUGAUUUCAGAUAAAAAUGGAAUUUUUUUUCAAGCUAUCACUAAGCUUGGAGGGGAAGGUGCUGUUUCAUCAAUUGAAAGGGCUCUUAAGAGAGCUUUAAAACAACAAAUACAGUCUCAACCUCCUACACUCUCUUCUGAUGUUGCACAAAAGAAGGGAAAGAAGAAGAAGAAACGCAUUCUUGAAAACUCUGCAGUAUUGUUGUUGAGAAAUGGUGCCAAAAGUGUGGAUGAUUUGAUUUUGGGUCUUCUUGAAGAUAGAUGUAUCAUGGAAGCCUUGAAAGAAACUGCUGUUCAACCGAAAAUGUUGAUGCGUGUGGUGAAACAACUCCGGGAACCAAAUUUUCUGGCCCUGCACACAUACGGAACAGACUUUGUGGCGACAUCACUCCUCAUCGACCCUGUCAUCGGGAGAGAAACAGAGAUCGAUAACGUAAUACGUGUUCUCUUAAAGAAGAAUAAAAACAAUCCUGUAUUGGUUGGAGAACCCGGCGUUGGGAAAACUGCUGUCAUUGAAGGGUUGGCUCAAAGGAUACGCUUAGGAAAUGUUCCAACACCUCUGCAAGGUAUAAGAAUCUUUGCUAUUAGUUUAGUUGCAUUAGCAGCGGGGACUGGGAAUAGAGGUGAUUAUGAAGAGAGGCUGCUAGGUGUUAUAAAAGAAGUAGAAGAAGCUAAUGGGAAUGUCGUCAUGUUUUUUGAUGAGAUUCACAUGCUCCUUGGUGCCGGUGGUGACGGUUCAAAUGAUGCUGCGAAUAUGCUCAAGCCCAUGCUCGCUAGAGGUUCGUCUCGGUGCAUUGGCGCAACAACUAUUGAAGAAUACCAAACCUACAUUCAACGAGAUGCCGCAUUUGAAAGAAGAUUCCAGAGAGUAAACGUGCGGGAGCCCACUAUCUCUCAAACUAUCGAAAUACUUCGCGGGCUGAGAGACAUGUACGAGAAAUAUCACAAAGUGAAGAUAGAGGAUAUGGCUCUCGUGUUUGCCGCACAACUCUCUUCCCGAUAUAUCACAGAUCGUUAUUUUCCAGACAAGGCUAUUGACGUGCUUGACAAUGCAUGUGUGAAUGUUCGAGUGACACUCGAAGGGAGCUCUGUUGGACCGGCUAAUAUUUCUGAGGCGGUAAGCCAAAUGAGUGGAAUCCCGGUUUCUAAAAUUGGCCGAACCGAGAAAGAGAAUCUUAUAGGCCUGGCAGAAAAGCUCCACGAGAGAGUGGUUGGACAAGAUGAAGCAGUAAAUGUGGUUGCUGAUUCGAUUCUGAGAUCAAGGACCGGAAUAGGAAGUCCAGGGAAACCGAUUGGAUCGUUUCUUUUCCUCGGGCCUACUGGAGUAGGCAAAACGGAGUUGGCCAAGGCUGUGGCCGAAAUUCUGUUUCAGGGGGAGAAAGGACUCAUCCGUAUAGAUAUGACAGAGUAUAUGGAAGAACACACGGUUUCCAGACUCAUUGGGGCACCACCGGGGUAUGUUGGCUAUGAGAAAGGUGGACAGCUUACAGAUGCUGUCCGUAAAAGACCGUACUGUGUCAUACUCUUGGAUGAGGCAGAGAAAGCCCACACAGCAGUUUUCAACACACUUCUUCAAGUGUUUGAUGAUGGCAGAUUAACCGACGGGCAAGGACAGACUGUGGACUUCAAGAAUGCAGUGAUAAUUAUGACCUCAAAUCUUGGUGCAGAGAAACUGGCCUUAGCCCUUAAUAGUGAGAUUUCAAUGUCAGUUGCCCGGGGACGUGUGAUGGAAGAUGUCAAACGGUUUUUCAAACCUGAACUUCUGAAUAGGCUGGACGGUGUAGUGAUCUUUGAGCCUCUCUCUCACAAGGUGAGGAGGAAAGUAGCUGAGCGACAAAUGAAAUCACUUAAGGACCGGCUCAUGCAAAAGGGCAUCACUUUGGCAUGGACAGAUUCUACUGUCGACUUCAUUUUAAAAAAGUGUCAUGACCCGGGGAAUGGGGCGAGGCCCAUCCAAAGGUACAUCGAGAAUAUGAUUGUCACCCAUCUCUCUAGAAUGAUCGUUGAAGAUGAAAUUGGCACAAUGGCGGGUGGAACAAAAUCACAACCCAAAAGGCAAAAGAAAACAACAACCGCAAAUGAGACACAAACCACACCGGUUGUUCAUUGGACCACGGAAGAGAAGAUGGCUCGUCGCAAGAUGUCACAAGUCAUGCCACUCCCAACGCGUUUUGCAAACCGCGCAAUUCUUGAGAGGAUGGGAGUGCUUGAUACAUUUGAUGAGCUUCUAAAGAAGAUGGGACUUAGUUUUUUCGGGACAAUGGAUGUUCCCACGUUCCCAUUGCCUACCUUGGACUUCUUGUUCACCAUGCAAUACACAUUCGCGAACCCAAAAGUUCCAAUAGCCAAAGAAGGGAUCAUCCACUUCAAGAUCAAGAACAUGGGGUACUCGAUCUCUAUUCCCGACCUUUGUGAGGCAUAUGGAUUCGCCAACAACAACUCUAUGUGUUUCCCACAAUUCAAAGGGAUUCACAAGCUUUGGAAUGUGAUUGCUAACGGGAACUUUGUUGGGAGCUCCGCCAAAAUUAAGAGAGUCCGUCAUCCCGUAAUCCGCUACGUCUUGAAGCUCAUUGCACAUGCCUUCUUUGGGCGAAGUGACACGGCCGCCACUACGGUAACCGAGUUGUGCUUCCUCUUCCAAGGAUUGAAAGACGUGUUAUUGGAUUUUGGAGAAGAUGCGGAUAGUGGAAAAGAGAAAUGAUCAAGAAUUUGGAGAGUGGAAAAGGCCUUAAUGUCUAAAAGUUUUGGGGUUUGAUUAGGAAAAGAGAUGGUGAUUAAGAAAGGGUAGAAAUAGGA